AUGACCAUUUGCAAAUCAAAAUUAUACUACAAUUUUAUACGCACUCUCUCUUUCAAAACGCUGUGGAUAUCCACACUCCCCCCCCUUUCAAGACGUUGUCAAUCUCCACGCUCCCCUUCCAAGACGUUGUCGAUCUCACACUCCCCCUUUCAAGACGUUGACAUUGUCGAUCUCAGGACGUUGUCGAUCUCCCCCUUUCAGGACGUUGUCUCCCCUUUCAGGACGUUGUCGAUCUCUACACUCCCCUUUCAGGACGUUGUCGAUCUCUACACUCCCCCUUUCAGGACGUUGUCGAUCUCUACACUCCCCUUUCAGGACGUUGUCGAUCUCUACACUCCCCCCUUUCAGGACGUUGUCGAUCUCUACACUCCCCUUUCAAGACGUUGUCGAUCUCUUUACACUACCCCCCUUUCAGGACGUUGUCGAUCUCUACGUUGUCUCCCCUUUCAGGACGUUGUCGAUCUCUACACUCCCCCUUUCAGGACGUUGUCGAUCUCUACACUCCCCUUUCAGGACGUUGUCGAUCUCUGCACUCCCCCCUUUCAGGACGUUGUCGAUCUCUACCCUCCCCCCUUUCAGGACGUUGUCGAUCUCUACACUCCCCUUUCAAGACGUUGUCGAUCUCUACACUCCCCCUUUCAGGACGUUGUCGAUCUCUACACUCCCCUUUCAGGACGUUGUCGAUCUCCACGCCCCCUUUCAAGACGUUGUCGAUCUCUACACUCCCCUUUCAAGACGUUGUCGAUCUCUACACUCCCCCUUUCAAGACGUUGUCGAUCUCCACUCUCCCCUUUCAAGACGUUGUCGAUCUCCACACUUCCCCUUUUCAAGACGUUGUCGAUCUCUACACUCCCCCUUCCAAGACGUUGUCGAUCUCUACACUCCCCCUUUCAAGACGUUGUCGAUCUCUACACUCCCCCUUUCAGGACGUUGUCGAUCUCUACACUCCCCCUUUCAGGACGUUGUCGAUCUCUACACUCCCCCUUUCAGGACGUUGUCGAUCUCCACGCUCCCCCUUUCAAGACGUUGUCGAUCUCUACACUCCCCCUUUCAAGACGUUGUCGAUCUCUACACUCCCCCUUUCAAGACGUUGUCAAUCUCCACGCUCCCCCUUCCAAGACGUUGUCGAUCUCCACACUCCCCCUUUCAAGACGUUGUCGAUCUCUACACUCCCCCUUUCAGGACGUUGUCGAUCUCUACACUCCCCCUUUCAGGACGUUGUCGAUCUCUACACUCCCCCUUUCAGGACGUUGUCGAUCUCUACACUCCCCCUUUCAGGACGUUGUCGAUCUCUACACUCCCCCCUUUCAGGACGUUGUCGAUCUCUACACUCCCCUUUCAGGACGACGUUGUCGAUCUCUACGUUGUCUCCCCCUUUCAAGACGUUGUCGAUCUCUCCACUCCCCCCUUUCAGGACGUUGUCCCCCUCCCCUUUCAGGACGUUGUCGAUCUCUACUCUCCCCCUUUCAGGACGUUGUCGAUCUCUCCCCCUUUCAGGACGUUGUCGAUCUCCCCCUUUCAGGACGUUGUCGAUCUCCACGCUCCCCUUUCAAGACGUUGUCGAUCUCUACACUCCCCUUUCAAGACGUUGUCGAUCUCUACACUCCCCUUUCAAGACGUUGUCGAUCUCCACGCCCCCCUUUCAAGACGUUGUCGAUCUCCACACUUCCCCUUUUCAAGACGUUGUCGAUCUCUACCUCCCCUUCCAAGACGUUGUCGAUCUCUACACUCCCCCUUUCAAGACGUUGUCAAUCUCCACGCUCCCCUUCCAAGACGUUGUCGAUCUCCACUCCCCCUUUCAAGACGUUGUCGAUCUCUACACUCCCCUUUCAGGACGUUGUCGAUCUCACACCCCCCUUUCAGGACGUUGUCGAUCUCCACGCUCCAUCUUUUUCAAGACGUUGUCGAUCUCUACACUCCCCUUUCAAGACGUUGUCGAUCUCUACACUCCCCCUUUCAGGACGUUGUCGAUCUCUACACUCCCCUUUCAGGACGUUGUCGAUCUCCCGCUCCCCUUUCAAGACGUUGUCGAUCUCUACACUCCCCUUUCAAGACGUUGUCGAUCUUUACACUCCCCCCUUUCAGGACGUUGUCGAUCUCUACACUCCCCCUUUCAGGACGUUGUCGAUCUCUACACUCCCCUUUCAGGACGUUGUCGAUCUCACGCUCCCCUUUCAAGACGUUGUCGAUCUCUACACUCCCCCUUUCAAGACGUUGUCGAUCUCUACACCCCCUUUCAAGACGUUGUCGAUCUCCACGCUCCCCCUUCCAAGACGUUGUCGAUCUCCACACUCCCCCUUUCAAGACGUUGUCGAUCUCUACGCUCCCCCUUUCAAGACGUUGUCGAUCUCUACACUCCCCCUUUCAAGACGUUGUCGAUCUCCACACUCCCCCUUUCAAGACGUUGUCGAUCUCCACACUCCCCCUUUCAAGACGUUGUCGAUCUCCACACUCUAUCUUUCAAAACUUUGA